GCGGCUGAGAUAAGGAUGCUGGCGGCUUUUCUCGGUCUGGAUCCACUGGGUCGCUUCGAGAUGCGCUUUCCGAGCAUCUGAACCAGAUAUGUUCAUAGAGAAUUUCCUUUGACUGAAGUUCAAAUCAAAUAAUUUCCAAACACUCCCCUGAUGUGUUAAGCUACUUUGCUGAACAGUUUGAUGGAGAGCUGGUCGGAUGACAGCUGGAACUGUUGUCAUAACUGGAGGAAUACUGGCCACAGUGAUACUUCUGUGUAUCAUAGCCGUGCUCUGCUACUGUAGACUCCAGUACUACUGCUGUAAGAAGAAUGGGUCUGACAGUGGCUCCCUCUCUCAGCAACACUUUGCUUGCAACGCCUGCAGCGUCACUGGCCUGGACGGACCAAUCAUCACCCCUCUGUCACUGUCGCCACCAGAGCCGGCCAAAUCCUUUAACCCCACCAAACCUACCGUGGGGCAACACCGCUACUGUCCCACCUGCUCACCCUACGACUCGCCCUUCUACAUCCGUACCACAGACGAGAUACGCAACGGUGGAGAGCGCGUCACCUACAUGCCAACACACUAUGAGAACCAGGCGCUGGCGAUGCCACUGCCCGCUGUCCGAGGCUCCCUGCUGAGGGACAGCCAGCGCGGUCGCCCUCCUGAUUUCUACACCAACACUCGAGCCAUCAGCACUGAGGUGUGACCACCUCUACACGUCAGUGCCACUGAAAAGACACAACCACUAUUGUAGAUUUUGGCUUCCACUGCAGAUGCCAGUGAGUUUGUGAAGGCGACACAUUUAGGGUCAAUCUGGGUUGUAAUGGAAAUAACUGAGGAUUGCUCUGACAAUCCGAAGCUGGAGAUGAAAAAUAAGUUCCUCCUUAUUUUCAAAAAAGAACCGGUCCUCUAAAUGUUCAAACAUGUACCCAGUGGAAGAGUACGCCUCUGACUGUUAAUGGAUCGCUUUCCACUGAGGAGUAGCUAGGUCCAUGUACGACUUUCUUGUGCUACGUAUCUUCUUCCAAACGUUACUGUGAUGAGAUGUAUGGAUAAGUUUAAACCAGACUGAAACAUUUACCUUUUUUAAGUAGCUGACAAACAGAAAAGUUUGUGGAUUUAUGCAAGCAUGAGGUGUGGCAGUGUGCAGCAGAGGACACCUGGAUUUGAAUCUUCUAUGCAAGGUCUUCAGUCAGCAUCAUAACUUUUCAUUUCCAGGCGUCUCAGCAGUUUUUAUGGUGAACAGGAUAUUUGGGAUAUGUUGUUGACAACUUGUAAGAUGUAAUGAUUCUAUACAUGUAGAUAGACAUGAAAAAGCUUUUGAUAGCACCAUAUUAUGCAACCUGUACUAAAGGGCCACUUUCUUGGUAAUUACAGGUUAGUUUCCUGGAAAAUAAAGGUUUUCUUUGGAACUUACUGCUUACUAUUCCAGAUCCUAUAGCAAGUGGAGGAGUUAGAGGUUACUUUCCUGAAAUAUUCAGGAAGCUAAUUCUACUUAUUAGGUACUUUUCUGCAACCUACUAUGUACAAAUUAUUCUCAUAAGAGUACUUUUUCAGUUCUUGGAGGACAUUUUCUAAAUGAUUUGGAACAGUACCUGCUCAGUUUAAGUUUAGGAAACUUCCAGGAAAACACCUUAUCUAUUCAGAAAACUUACCGCUAAGUUCCAGGAACAUAACUAGUAUGUCCUGGGAAAGCAAACUGCAAAACCCAACAAAGUAACCAGCAAGUUCCAAAAACAUUCGUCAAAAGGGAUCUAGUAAGUUCCUGAAUGUGAAUGGUGAAGUUAAAGAAAGGACCUGAUAGACUCUGGGAAAGUAACGGGUAAGUUCUGGAAAUUACCAAGUAAGUACCUGAUACGUUAUGGGAAACUUUCAUGCAAAUUACCUUGUAAUUUCCCAAAAAGUUUAUGUGAAAGUAACUGAAAAACAUCAAGAAGGUUCCAGUAAGUAUCAGGUAUGUUUGUCGGAAAGUUCCCAAGACUAACUCCUAAGUUCGAGUAUAGAAAGGGCUGCAGUGUGUAGUGUUACCAAGUCUUUUAAAAAGAAAACUGAAACAUGGCGUUUCAAUUCUUUCUUAACAUGUAGCUAAACAUGGCAGAGUCUGAGCCCUCGAUCUGCUUAAAAUUAACCCAGUGACUUUCUCUUGUCUGAAAAAGAUGCAAAAAAGUUAUGUAAAUAUUUACCUAAAAGCAAUCUCUUGAUCCCACCGUGUGAAAGAUGGUGAUCCAAGCAGGAAUCUGAACGUUAGGAAUAAGGCGGUUUGAUUUACUAGUUUAUGGGAUUUCUUCUACACUCCCAUUAUUAUACUCAUCUACUCUCAUAUUAAAUAUCAGACAAUUUGACUGAAAAAAAUUAGAUAUACACCUUCUUUUUACUUACAAUUUCCCAUUGGAAAUUACAUUUUGUGUGAUAUUGGUCUUCUGUCUACAGCAUGGUUGAAGAUUUGGAGCAAUAAACCUUAAUGAUUUGACCGGUGUGAACAAGAGUUAAGGCCUAUUUAGAUGGGUCUGAUGUUAAAAAUGCAAAUAUAAACUUUUGUAACCUCUUUCCAGCAGUGGUAUAGAUGACAUUUAUCUCUGUCAUACUUUCUAAAUGCUUCUUUGUGAACUAAGGAUGACCCAUUUGAAUCACAGCUGGAUUUCAAUCACAAAUUAACUAAAAUUACACCAAAUGAAGUUCACUAAUAAGCUAUAAUAUUUCAGAUCAAGGUGAUUCUGUAAAAUACUCUAACCCAAUGUCGAUGUAAUCUUGAACAGCUUCGAUGUCCUUCAAUUAUUUAUGUAGUGUAGCAACUAUAUAUUUUAAUGUUUACUUAACAUGUUAUAUUUAAAAUACUAAAAAAGUUUUUAAAUGUGGUUUGAAAGACAAUUGUACAUAACACUAAAAACUGAAUAUCUGAUGGUGUUAACUUUUGACAAUUAAAUAUUUCUAAGUCUAUAAAUCGACUCUUCAUUAUUGUAUGUCUUGUAAAGAAACAUAGGUAAUAAAUGCAACAAUAAGUUGCAUUUGAAAUUUUGAAUGGUGUUUCUAGCUAGGGGAAGUACUUAACUGAAACAGCUCAACAUUUUCAGCAGAUUUUUCAGAAAUGAUGGGAUGUUCCAUUAAUUUCGAUGGGGCCAAAGAUGAUUACAAAAAGCUGAAUGUUUUAUCCACUGUAGAAGAUGUCAAUACCAAAAGACAUAGCUGUAAUGUCCUGAAUGAGCAGAAUAUGGUAAAAGUUGAAUGGUGGAAGUAGCACAAUUUAGUAGUUAAGUGGUGAAAAGUGUACAGAAAAACUGGAGGAACCAUUUUCCUGCCAUAUAUUAAUGCAUCAAACUACAACAACAUGGGAGUCGAUGUGCAUCCCACCUUCAUGGCUCAUUUACUACAUCCACCAGGCAAAGAUAUUAAGAAGACUGCAAUCUGAAAUCUAUAAA